AUGUUUAAGUAUUUUAACAAAGAAAAGGAAAAGAAGAAAUCAUUGGUUAUACAAAAAGUAAUGUCUGUUGAGGAAUUCUUUUCGAGAGGGGAGUAUGAAAUUUCAAGCGAUGUUUGGAAAAUGAAUUCUACUUAGUUGGAAGAAACAAUAAAUAAGUAAGAGAAAUUCAUAAAACAUCUAUAAACGUUAUAUUAAUAAGUAUAACUUCUACGGUAUCUUAGUAAUUAGAGUUUAUAGAAGGUGAUAAAAUAAAAUAGGAGGAUAACCUUAGGAAAUUAAAAAAUCAUUUAGAGGAGCUUGAAAUUAAGAAUGGUAUAGUAGAUUAUAUAAUUAGAAAGCAAUAUUUAAUAGAAAGAAUUGAUAGAGUAGCAGUAUAAAGAAAUUUAUUUGAAGUUUUAACCUAAAGAACACAAGGAUAUCUUGAUUUAAACUGAAGGAAAUAAUUAACAAGAAGAAGAAUUAAACAGACUGAGAAAUUAAUGUGAAAAAAUGUGCGAAGAAAUUCAAAGAUUGCAGGAGGAGAAUGACGAUCUAUCAGUGGCAUUGGAAGCUGAAAAGAAACAUAAGAGUUCGCUUUAAAACCAAAAUACUUAAAAACUAUAAUAGAUGGAAUUACAUAUUUAGUAACUAUAACUUGAACACAACAAAGAACUUGAAACCUUACAAAUUACAUUGACGAAUAAUUUUUCAGUUGAUGUCAAUUCUAAAACUAAAGAAUUAGAAAGUAAAGUUUUGUAAGAGAAAAUUAAAUGUGAUUAAAAAUUUAAAGAUUGUUAAAGACUUGAAGAUGAGAUAAGAGAAUUAAAAUAGCAUUUAGAACAACAGACAACAAAAUAUGAAUAGAGGGAAGGUAAAUUACAAUUAUUAGAAUAAAAGAGAACAAGAGAUAAAAAUACAAUAUAAAAAUUAUAAUGCGACUUGUAAUCAAGCAAAUAACAUUUGUCUGAAUAAAAUAUUAAAUUAAUAAAUGAAAUAAGCAAAGCUAAUAAUGAGCUAUAUGAGUUAAAAUAAAAAUUAGAAAAAUUAGAACAAUAGCAGAAUUAAAAAGAAAAAGUUGUUGAUUAAUUUGAAGUUUAAGAAAAAUAACUAAAAAUUUAAUAAUUAGAAUUAAUUAUUUAUGAUCAGCAAAACACAAUAAACAUUUUAGAAAAGUAUAUAUAUUUGAUUUAUUAAGAAAAAUUGAUUCGGUGGAAUCAUAAUCAAUUAUUAAGAUAUCAGAAUUGGAGAAGAUUAUAGAAUAACUGAAUAUAAAAAGAGAAAAUGCUAAAAAAGAAAUAUCAGAAUUAUCUCUUAAGUUGUAGAAUAUGCAUUAAGAUCUUAAUACAAGCACAUCCAGCAAGCAUCAAGCUAAAUCCUCCAAUAUUGGACACAAUAAGUAAAAAUUUUUAUUGUUUCCAACGCUUAAACAAAUGCUAAGUGAUGUCAGAAAAAAAGAAGAUAGCAGCUAUAAAUUGUAUAUGCAAGCUAUUGUUACAGAAUUCAAAAAUCAAAAAGAAAUAAUUGCUUUGGAAACUGCUUUGAAUGAUGUUUCAAGAAUGACUCAAGAUAUUCUUGAUCUUCUUGAUGAAAUGGGAUUAAUUUGA